UUCUAUCCGAUACCCAUCCGCCGGCUCAUCUCGAGGCCGUCACGCCGGUGUGGCUGCGAUGCUCCUCCUCCCGAGGCAUCCAGUCCUCUCCGCCCCGGCGCUGCCAUCCUCCCCGUCCCCCUCGCUUGCUCCAUCCCGCUUCCGCCCCAUCCCCUGCACCGACUCGCGCACCUCUGCUUCCACCACUGCAUCAGCAGACGCGACCUCUGCUUCCACCGCCGCAUCAGCUGGCGCCUUCUCUGUGGAGGACUACCUCGUGACCAGGUGUAAUCUCUACCCUAACGUUGCCGCCCGCGUGGCGCCGGAGCUCUCCGCCAUCAAGUCGCCCUCCAAGCCCGACGCCGUGCUGGCCUUCCUCGCCUCCGCGCUGGAGCUCUCCCCUCCGCUCAUCGCCGUCGCCGUGGCGCGCGACCCGACGAUACUCACCUGCAGCGUGCCGAGGACGCUCGCGCCGCGCGCGGACGAGCUGCGCGCGCUCGGGUUCACCACGUUCCAGAUGGGCCUCCUCGUCGCACGCUGCGGCGCGGCAGUGUUCCGCUCACGCGAGCUCAUCUCGAGGGUCCAGUUCUGGCUCCCGUAUCUCCGUGGCCGCGUCGACAAGCUCGUCGCCGCGCUCAAGGUCAACCCGGGCCUUCUCAGCGCGGACCUCCGGACGGUCAGGCCCACCAUCGCGCUGCUCCAGGAGGAGGGCACCCUCACCGACGACGACGUCGGCUGGUUCGCCAUAUCCUACUGCUCCAAGCUGCUCAUCGCGGGCCCGGACGAGGUCGACGCCGUCCUGGCCCGCGCCGACGAGUUCGGCGUGCCGCGCAAGAUGCGGGCGUUCAAGGACGCGAUCAUCGCGGCGUUCAGCGCGACGCCGGAGCGGCUCGCCUGGAAAGCCGCAUUCUUCAGGGACGAGCUCGGGUGGACGGAGGCGCAGGUGAAGACGGCGGCGGCGAAGAUGCCGACGCUGCUGACGGUCUCCGCGGAGCGGCUGCGGAGGAACUGGGAGUUCCUGACCACGGAGGUCGGCGUGGACGCGGAGCGUGUCGCCAACUUCCCCGCGCUGCUCAGGUACGACCUGGAGGGGCGGCUCGUGCCGCGGUUCCAGGUGAUGAGGGUGCUGCAGGCUCGGCGGCUGUGGCGCGGCAGGGAUUUCAACAACAUCGCCGCCGUCACGGAGGAGGAAUUCGUGGCCAAGUUCAUCAGGCCGUUCCUGGUCAAAGUCCCAAACUUGGCCAAAGUUUACGAGGCCGCCGUUGUCAGGAAGGAAGCACAGUAGCUGGCCAAAGUUUACGAGAUGCUGGACAAUUGGAGAGCUCCUAGUUCCUGUGGAUUUCGCAAGAUUAUCCGGCCAGUGCAUGUAACUCCGAUGUAGAGUACAGGUCAUAUAAAACAUUUCAAAUGGCUUUUAUGUAAAGAGUAGAUAGUAGCAUGAAACUGCUGAUCCGUGUAAACUGACGAGCAACUCUUGGACAAUGGCACUGCUAUUGGAAUUGGCGUAGCACAGUUGUUAUUUUGCUGAGC